UUUUGGCGAGCCCUGCAGGAGAUUCUCUGCUUGACCACGGGAUCGACUGCGGAGCGGACGCUCCUAGGCACGCCCGAGCAUCUUCCUCGGAGGAGUCUCCGCUGCCAGCCACUCACCACAGGAGCAGACAAAAACCUCCUGAAGCCGUGGAUUAAACGGAGAGAAGGAAAGUGGAAUGAAGUAUCAUAUGCAGAUAUGUUUUUCACCCUCCGAAACCAUCCGGAGUGGCAAAGGGACUGUGGAAUGGUGCUGCCACAGGACCCUAUGGUACUCGCCCUUGAGCGGGAAAAUAACAAAGAACUUAAAGGUAAAUUGAGACGGUGUUGCUCGGCGAGUAGUAUUGGACAAAGGUGUAUGAGAAUGAGUAAAGUCCAUCAAGCACCAGAACAAGAUCUAAUUGAUUUGCUUAAGCCUCCCCCUCGAUCACAGGAACAGGGUGCAGACUCGGACGCCACCUUCACUCCCCCGGAUAGUCCUGUAUCCUCCUGCACCAGAAAGAAAUCCACUCUAACAGCUUUACAAGCACGUCUUCAAGAGGCUGUAGGGCCUGAUGGCGGGACAAUGCUAAUUAGGGUACCUUUUUCCACCACCGAUUUAGAAGCAUGGAAAAAGGUUGCAAAGGAUUACAGGGAUGAUCCGGCACUUUUGGGAAGAGAACUGUUGGAGCAAUUGGGUGCAAAAAUUACAUUUAAAAAGGGACAAGUUACUCUGGAGGUAAAAGACCAACAGUACAUCCAAAUACUGAGUCUAUCCUUCACUAGUCUUCCUGCAGAAGGAAAAAUUAAUGAGGAGAUUCUAAACCAGGUAUAUCCCAGAGUAUGGGCCACCGAUGUACCCAGAAGGACGAAGAAUGCUUCACAUGUUGAAGUUAAAAUUAAAGAGGGCCGACAACCGGUAAGAAUUAAACAGUAUCCCCUGAGGAAGGAGGAUAAGGAAGGAAUCUGGCCAGUGAUAGAAAAAUUUUUACAAUUAGUAUUAUUGAAAGAAUGUGAAUCUGAUUUUAACACCCCUAUAUUGCCUGUCCGCAAACCUGACGGAUCAUACCGGGUGGUUCAGGACCUACGAGCUAUAAAAACUGAAGACCUCUAUCCGGUAGUGGUGAAUCCAUAUACCUUGUUGACUGUAUUGACACCUGAACUAACCUGGUUUACUGUUCUAGACCUGAAGGAUGCCUUCUUUUGCUUCCCUCUCCAUGAAGCCAGCCAGAAAAUAUUUGCAUUCGAAUGGGAAAAUCCUAAAAGUGGACGUAAGACUCAGCUCACUUGGACAGUGUUGCCACAAGGAUUUAAGAACAGCCCUACUAUUUUUGGCAGUCAACUUGCAAAAGACUUGGAAUCUUGGGAAGCCCUGUCUGAGGAAUGAAAACUGUUACGAUAUGUGGAUGACAUCCUGAUUGCCACUAAAACAAAGGACAAUUGUAUGACCUGGACACCUCUUUCCUCAGUGGAAACACAGGAGAACCAGUGCACCAUGACUGUCUGGAAACCAUCGAGGCAACAUAUGCAAGCCGUCCGGACUUGA